AUCCCACUGGGCAGGCCAUGUGUUGACCCUUGGUGCUCCCCGAGGACUGAGGCUUGGGACAAACACACAAACACACAGAACAGUCGUCAAAGAAGUUAGCCUCAGUUAGACUCGGUCUCUGCACAGCUGCUCGUCCAAAUGCAAUUGUCUUUAAUCCUUUUGUUUCUCCAGCUGUGGGGGAACGUGGAGGUUUCUUUAUCACAGAAUGCAUGUCCAAACCUUCCAGAGGUUCCUCACGCCAGUGUGUCAGAAGUGACCAAAAAAGCUGUGUACCACCAAGGAAGCGUGAUCCAGUUCGUUUGUGAAAUUGGUUAUACAUCAUUCCCACCCAUCAAAUAUGCAUGUACAGAGAAUGGCUGGUUACCACUCAGUCGGGGAAGAUGCAUCUUAAAGCCAUGUGUAUUUCCCGAUGACACGCCCAAUGGCUAUUAUCAAAUAAUCCACGGGGAAGAGUUUGUUUUUGGAACAACAGUCAAAUACUUUUGUAAUGAAGGGUAUCAAAUGGUAAGUAUGGAAGACACCAGGACUUGUAUGCUGGACAAAUGGAGCAAUCGUGUGCCAAUAUGUGAUCGUUUGAGCUGCGACCCCCCGUCUGCAGAUGGAGGGCUUACAGUAAAAGGUUUACCAGAUAAUGACGAUCCCAUUCUUCCUGACCGCCUCCUCAUAUUCAGCUGUGAAGGACCUGGGAAAUAUCUGAAUGGCAGUAGAGUGCUGAGAUGUGGUCAAGAUGGACAGUGGGAUCAUCCAUUCCCCACUUGUGAAAACGUAACCAGACACGAGGAGGGGUGUCGGCUAAAUUGUAAUGCAGAAAAAUGCAAAGUCCCACGUCUAUCAGACGGCUUACAACUCCCCACAUAUGAACAGCGCGAUCAACUAAGAACAGGAGAAAAGUUGACGUUUACUUGCCGCCGGCGUGGAGACUUUCUAAGAGGGAAAGCUGAGGUUGAAUGUUUAGCAGGCGGACGGUGGAGUGAUCCCUUCCCAACAUGUGGAGCUCCUUUAGGUUGUGGGACACCACCAUACCUUGCAGAUGCAGACACCAGGGGAGCUCUUAAAUUCCAGUACAGACAUGGAGAAACGGUUGAAUACAUCUGUCAGAAUUACUACCGUAAGGAGGGUGAGACUUACAAAACCUGCAUCAAUGGUGAAUGGAUUGGACAGAUGAGAUGCCUCAUUUCACCAUCGAGCUGCAACCACCCGCCUGCAGAUGGAGGGGUUACAGUAAUAGGUUUACCAGAAAAUGACGCCCCCAUACUUCCUGAUCGCCUCCUCGCAUUCAUUUGUGAAGGACCUGGGAAAUAUCUGAAUGGCAGUUCAGUGCUGAGAUGUGGUCAAGAUGGACAGUGGGAUCAUCCAUUCCCCAUUUGUGAAGAAAAAUGCAAAGUCCCACAUCUAUCAGACGGCUUACAACUCCCCACAUAUGAACAGCGCGAUCAACUAAGAACAGGAGAAAAGUUGACGUUUACUUGCCGCUGGCGUGGAGACUUUCUAAGAGGGAAAGCUGAGGUUGAAUGUUUAGCAGGCGGACGGUGGAGUGAUCCCUUCCCAACAUGUGGAGUUCCUUCAGGUUGUGGGACACCACCAUACCUUGCAGAUGCAGACACCAGGGGAGCUCUUAAAUUCCAGUACAGACAUGGAGAAACGGUUGAAUACAUCUGUCAGAAUUACUACCGUAAGGAGGGUGAGACUUACAAAACCUGCAUCAAUGGUGAAUGGACUGGACAGAUGAGAUGCCUCAAACCCUGUACUGUGGAUAGAGAGCUCAUGAACAGAUAUAAUAUUGCCUUCAAAUAUCAUCAUGACGAUAAGCUGUAUUCACCCCAUGAUGAUACUAUCGAGUUCACUUGUACUAAAGGAAGACGUACAGGCACAUUGUCCAUGCGUCCGAAGUGUAUUGAUGGUGUGAUGAACCUGCCCACUUGCCAGUAAAGGUUUUUAGUUAACUGGAUGUGAUAAACAUGUUCUGACUGGACAAACAUGUAAAUGAUUAACAAGAAGUACAGUUGUUAACUGAUCUUCUGGGCCUACUGCAACAGUUUAAAUAAAACAUACAUGUUCUCAUGUUUUUUUCUUCA